UUAUCUUAUAUUCAUAUCCUUAAACAAGAAAAAAAAAACUAUUAGCUUACAAAACAAUAAACUCAACGAAGAAACUUAGUAUUACUGUACUGGAAUUAUAUAUACAACAGUUGAAGGUUCAUGGAAGAAACUUAAGAGGCGCCAUAGACCGAAUUCUCUUGAAAUGAUCAUCAAGAAAUUCACUGCUCUGUUCCAAAGUUGCUUCGGUCUAUCUAUAUCUGGGUCAGGGGCGGCCGAUUCACCUUCAUUGAAUUUAUUAGAUAAAUCAUCUUCUUGUUCUUCAUCCAUUAUAAGGCUCAGUGAUGGGAGAUAUUUGGCUUACCAGGAAAGAGGUGUGCCAAAGAAUGAAGCAAGAUAUAAAGUCAUUAUUGUUCAUGGAUUUGGAAGUUCCAAAAAUAUGAGCUUCCUUCUUUCCCAGGAAAUGAUCAAUGAACUGGGAAUAUAUAUGUUACUAUAUGACAGAGCUGGAUAUGGUGAAAGCAAUCCGAAUCCAAAACGCUCAACGAAAACAGAAGCAUCUGAUAUUCAAGAACUUUCUGAACAAUUGCAGUUAGGACCCAAAUUCUAUCUAAUUGGCAUCUCUUUCGGUGUAUAUCCUUUAUGGUCUUGUCUUAGAAGAAUACCCAAAAGCUUAGCAGGUGUGGCAAUGGUGGCGCCAAUGAUCAACUACAAUUGGCCGUCUCUUCCAAAUGAACUUGUAAAAGAUGAUUGUAGGAAAGGAAUGACAAUGUGGGGUUUCUUGGCUGCACGUUACAUCCCUUGGCUGGUUCAUUGGUGGCUAACCCAAAAGAUUUUCCCUUCAUCUAAUGUCUUAGACAGGAAUCGAAAGUUUUUCUGCGACAAAGAUUUGGAAGUACUCAAGAACACACCUACUUUCAAGUUGCUCGGUCGAGAGAGCUUGAAACAAGAAGGAGUAUUUGAUUCUCUACGUAACGAUUUCAUGGCAGCAUUUGGGAAAUGGGAUUUCGACCCUUUAGAGUUGAGUGAUCCGUUCCCGAGAAAUGAAAUUGGAUCUUCAUUGCACAUCUGGCACGGCCGGCUGGACAAGGUUGUACCGGUGGAGCUGCAGAGGUUUGUGUCGGGGAAACUGCCGUGGAUUAGGUAUCAUGAAGUGCCUGACAAAGGGCAUUUGAUUAUAUAUGAUGAUGCUGUUUGUGAAGCUAUUAUCAGAUCCCUUCUUCUUGGAGAAGAUAAUCCAUUCUAUAGACCUAAAACUUAGUCAAUUUGUUUGUUGGAAUCAAAUGUAACAUAGAUUCAUUUACCGUUAUAGUUAUUGAUUUUCAGUUUAUUUGAAAGAGAAAUA